UCCAGCUGCCAGUGCAGCGUCUAUGUCUGGUAUCGCGAGACUAGAGGAAGACCAAUUUUUAAUGUUUUAUUUUUGUGGGUCUAUUCCAGGGUUGCUUGGUGCCUGCUGAAACAUAAUUAGGCGAACGAUAGUGUUCAAAUUAUCAACAGACAACGCUCUCCCGCGGCAUCGUCCAUACCUUCUGCCAGACGAGGUGCAAGAUGCUGGUCACAAUUAAUCGCUAAACAACUGACACAUUUGUUGAACCGUGAAGGGUGGGUUUGCAGAACCGAUCUGUCAAACGGAGACCAUAAAUGUGAUUCCUUCUGCCGCGAUCGUCAUUUGUAAAGACGGGCAGAUGAUGUCUGGGAAGCAUUUCAAGGCUCAUGAAGUCAGUUGCUGUAUCAAAUAUUUCAUAUUCGGAUUCAAUAUAAUAUUCUGGUUGCUUGGAGUAGCAUUCCUUGGAAUUGGACUGUGGGCAUGGAGCGAGAAGGGAGUUUUGUCCAACAUCUCAUCCAUUACAGACCUGGGGGGGUUCGACCCCGUCUGGCUCUUCUUGGUGGUAGGGGGUGUGAUGUUCAUCCUAGGAUUUGCUGGUUGCAUCGGCGCACUGAGAGAGAACUCAUUCUUGCUAAAAUUUUUCUCCGUGUUCCUGGGCAUCAUCUUUUUCCUGGAGCUGACUGCAGGAGUCCUAGCUUUUGUUUUUAAAGACUGGAUCAAGGACCAGCUGAACUUCUUCAUUAACAACAACAUCCGGGCCUACCGAGAUGACAUCGACCUGCAGAACCUUAUAGACUUCACCCAGGAAUAUUGGGAAUGUUGUGGGGCCUUCGGGGCAGAUGAUUGGAACUUGAAUAUCUAUUUCAACUGCACCGACUCCAACCCAAGUCGAGAGAAAUGUGGAGUUCCCUUUUCCUGCUGUACAAAAGAUCCAGCGGAGGACGUCAUCAACACCCAGUGUGGAUACGACAUUCGAGCAAAAGCAGACUCGGAGCAGAGAACGUUCAUCUACAUCAAAGGUUGCGUCCCUCAGUUUGAGAAAUGGCUUCAAGACAACCUGACUGUGGUUGCUGGCAUCUUUAUUGGAAUUGCAUUACUACAGAUUUUUGGAAUUUGUUUAGCACAAAAUCUUGUGAGUGACAUUGAAGCGGUGAGAGAGAGCUGUUUGUUUACUUAAAACCUACUACGGCAUCCUAAAAUGCAAGAAGCAUGUACCAAGUCUCUCCAGCUUGGAUGUCACCCAUGAAGGGAAAUUACUGGAAGGGAAACAAUUUUAACGUAAUUUGUUAAAAUGAUCAAGUUGAUUGGGCUAUGUCUAGAAUGAAAACCUGUGCGCCUGUGUAUAUAACAGUUUUUAAUGGAGUUAUUUGUGCUCCCAUUUUUGAAUGAAGCACAACCUCUGAGACCUCAUGAAGCUGACAUUUAACUACCAAUGUUGAACCAAUUCUUCGUAGGCAGCGCUGAUGGUGCUAUGGUAGUACUAUCGCUUAUGGAUGAGGAAUCACAUCACAGCUCCUGAAGGAUCAUUAGAAAGUUAAGGGAUGUCUUUAACUCUUACUAACAGGAAUUACAUUGUAUACAGGUAUUAUAAGCGAGGGCUUCAUGCUUCAGAGGUAGUGCUUUGCUCAGAAUAAGCACUUGGUUCUCUACACGUCACAAGUGCAGUUUUAACACUGCAUAUGAAGGUGAUGUACGAAGGUGAACUGAUUCUGACAAUGCACUGCAUGCCUUUUGUCUGUUGAUAGGACAUUGGCCAAUUUAACUUUAUUUCAUUAAUGUUAAAUAUUUUGAAGUAUUUGUAAAAUAGUUACAAGUGUAGUGUUAAAUGGCUGCUUAGCACUUUGUGGAAUGUUUGACAGAACCUACUUAGAAGCUACAGAGGAGAUUGGUAUUAGCCCUGUUACAGUUUCCAAGCGCUCAUCCUUAAUUUCCAAGACCUAUCUAGUGUUUUAUGAUGCCGAGACAGAUAACGUUUACUCAUGAUUCUUCACAUGAUACGACAGACAUAAUUCAUUUGUAGCAAGUGCUAUUUCAAGAUGCAUUUUGUAAGGUAUUAGGCAGUGAAAGAAGGUGAAAUGUAUUCAUGAAUCGAUAGGGGUCGAUAAUUAAAGCCAAAAACAUUGAAGCUAAAAGCAAGAACAUUGUCGUGUCCCACUACAGCUCCUAAAUGGCUCUACUAGCAUGUAGCUAAUGACUGUUACACGGCUUUUUUUUUGUGCUUUUUUUUUUUAGCCAGUUGUUUGUUACCAGACACAACUGAAUAGCUAGCUAGCUACCAACAGUGCUCAAGUUCACAUAUCCAGGCAAAUGCCUUUUUACAGGUGCAGGAGGUUGACCAUCAUACAAAUUUUACAGACUGCGUUCAUAGUUUAAGGAGGUUAGCUUAUAUUGUUCCAGAACUUUCUGACCCUUUCCAAAAGCAGCUUGAGAAACGGUGUGUGUUUUUGCACAUUGUAAAUGGUUUAUUGCUUCUUGCACAUAUUUUUUUGUUGUUGUUGCUCAGUGCUUAUUGAUUUUAUGUUUUAUGAAUUAUGAAUGUCUGUUUCCUUAAUGAAAUCUUCCUAUAUAAUUGUUUGCCUACCUAUCUUUUCAUGUUCACUUAUAAGUUUUCACAGAGGAAUCUGAUCCAUUCAUUCACAUCACAGUUUGUUCCAAGGCCUACAAUGGCAUCCUGUCAACUGGUGGUAGUCACCUGAAGACUGAAGACAGACACACUGCUCAGUAUAUACUUGACAACUAGUGCUGAAAGGCUAUCUCACCAGCAAUUUUAACCUCAAAUUGAGAGAAAAUGCAUACCGUAGCAAUUUCUCAAAUCAUUAUGUAGUCUCAAUACUUCAGUGCUAAUCAAAGUUGAUCUAACCCACGUCUAGAUGGAUAACUUUAGCCUGUUGCAGGAGAGCCAAACAUAUUCCUCUGCAGUGUCAUUUGCUUCACACUUGUAAAACUCGGGCCACUGCACAACUGAUACAAUGCCAAGGUGUAGGAAAACCAGUGAUUGUUUUUAGUAUGAAGGCUGAGGCGGAACUACCGCUGUCUUGUAAGAAAUACCGCAGCAAUAUUAAAUCUGCUUUUUUCCACUGAAAGCUUUACUACAUUCCUCAUUACUUCACAGUGCCAUAAUUGUGACUAGGUUCAUACUCUUGAUUAUAAUAUAUUAUAAUUUUGUUUCAUGUUCAUUUGUAAUUCAUGUAUAUAAUUAGAUAAUGCAAAGUUGUAAAAAAUAUCUGAAUAAAUGUGGAUCUUUGCAGAUUUUUAGAUAAGUGCCUUGUGUUGGUUAAUUUCAUAUCAUGUGCAGCUAUUCAUGCCCCACUAAAUAAUUAUUAUUUUGUCAAUUUAGUCAUGCAGUUAUGUGCGGGUGGCUGUAUAGAAACACAAUAUUUGUUCUCCUUAGUGUGGAUUAUGCCUCACUACCUCAAUGGUCAUUACAGAAUAUAGGCUUGCAGCAGGUGGAAGAAGUUAAAACUACAAACUACUCGGUGUCAAGUUAUUUGCAAUUAUGAUCUUUUCAGAUGGAAAAAAAUGGUAAAUGGACUGUAUUUAUAUAGUGAUUUUCUAGUCUACAGACCACUCAAAACGCUUUUCAGUGUAUGCCUCACAUUCACCCAUUCACACACACACACACACACACACACACACACAUUCAUAAACUUGGAUGGUGGAGGCUGCCAUGCAAGGCGCCAACCUGCUCAUCAUAAGCAGUUAGGGUUUCAGUGUCUUGCUCAAGGACACUUUGACAUGCUGUCUGGAGGAGCCGGGGAUUGAAACCAGCGAUCUUCUGAUUACUGAUGACCCACUAUACCUCCUGAGCCAUGCCGAACAUCGACAUCUCUGCCUCUGUCAAACAAACGCCUUACGGACCAUGUUCACGUAAAGCAUAUUAGGUCUUCACUGACUAUGAAGAUAAUCUUUCCAUAAGAAACACUUCUUUAUUUUUCAUGAGGGAAAUCAAUGGAUCUCUUUGUGUGCAAUGGUAUGUUAUUUUCAUUUACUGGCAAUACAAAACGAUUUUGGUUUUGAGUGGAUUCAUCCCUUUGAAAUGUUUUGGUUUUGACUAUAUCUCUGUUUUGUUUAUUAUAAUUGUAAGUGUGUAAAUUUUCUUACAGUAAAAUUUGU